AUGAAAACCGUCUCCCGGGUUAUCACGGCCCCUGUGGAGAGCAUAAAGGAAACGCUUCUGGCGCUGCUGCCCCAGUAUGGCCUCAAGCUCGCCCCGGACGGGGUCCAUAUACAGUGGGCUCUGGGAAAUUGUCGACACCCGCGAAACUGGAGCUUGCGACGCAAGGUCUAUGAUACUACGCUUAUUAUAUUCCUGGAAUUCUUCACAUAUCUUAUCGGCCAAGCCAUCGGGGGUAUCGUGUUCCCCCCUUACUCUGAAGUAUUUGGUCGAAAAAAGCUCUAUGUGGCAAGCUCGGCCCUCUAUGGCCUAUCAUGCAUCUUAAUUGCGUCCGUGCCAUCAUCGAUAGGAGUAGCGAUUGGCCGAUGUCUCUGUGGCUUUCUGUCCGCCAUUCCAACGACUGUUGUAGUGGGUAGCAUCGAAGACACCUUCAACUCCCGCGAGCGAGUCUGGGUCAUCUGCAUUUGGACCAUAUGGCUAUUCUACAUUGCAGCCAUGGUAACCGGAAUCCUGACCCUGCUACUACUCACUUUGAAUGAAUCGCGUCCCUCUCUCCUCCUCGCCCGUGAAGUCGCUACUCUCCGCAAAGUCACCAAAAUCAACACCUUGGAAGGCCUCAACCCCGACAAAGCCCCCGACAUGCGCAGCUUCGUCCGCAUCGCGCUCUUCCGCCCUAUCCGGCUCCUCUUCACCGAACUUAUCGUCUCCACCGUCUCCAUUAUUAGCGCCGUCGCCAUAGCCAUAGUUUACCUCUUCACCGAAGCUCUACCGCUCAUCUACGAAUCUUUCGGCUUCACCCCAAAGCAAGCCUGCCUCCCCUUCAUCGCCAUUGGCUUAGGCCUCGCCCUCGGCCUCCUCACCCGCUGUCUCGACCUCCGCAUCAUUACUCACCACCGAGCUCAGGGCCGACCACUGCUCCCAGAAGACAAACUGACAGGAUUCUGGAUCGGUGCGCCCAUUCUCGCUGCGGCAUUGUGGCUUUUCGCCUGGACCAUCCCGCCCGCUGUCACGAAUCUCCCUUGGCUUGUGUCGGUCGCGGCUCUCGUGCUGGCUGGAUAUAGUCUUAAUGAGAUGGACUAUGUGCUCGGCGGGUAUCUGACGGAUAAUUAUCUCAGCUAUGCGGCGAGUGGCCUGGCGGCGUUGAGUCUGGUGAGGGCGUUGUUGUCCGCUGCGUUACCGCUGAUCUCGGAGCCUAUGUUGGAUCGGCUCGGGGCCAAUUUUAGUGUUUCGGUGUUGGCGGCGGUUGCGACAGUGUUUUGUAUUGUGCCGCCUUUGUUUUCGAGGUACGGGAGGGGGAUUAGAGCUAGAAGUGCGUUUGCGAGAUUUAGUUUGACUGUGUAUCGUGAGUAUAGUGUUGAUGAGGAGGGAUAUUAGAGUGACAG